AUGCAAGCUCAUCCAUCCUAUCCAGAGCUGUCAGCGCUCCUACCAAAGUAUCCGCGAGCAGCAGGCGCACUGUUCCAAACCUAUAACGACCUGAAACUAUCACAACAAUGGAGUGGCCUCGAGGUCAUCGACCUGACUGCAUGUUCUCGAGGGGCGUUCCGAGGGAAGCGCCCGAAGACAGACGACGUGCUAUAUGUUAUUCCCUGCUCUCUAUCCGAGUCGCUCUCCACCGCUUGGCUCAAGGAUGCAUUUCGCGACCUUGGAAGUCCAGACAAUGUGUACCUUGCAAUCAAUGACCAGGAUUCGUCCAUCGUAUAUUACAAGAUCAGUCCAGGGAUCGUCAAGCCACCUGUCUAA